AUGGACCAAUCUAAGUGUUUUCUCUGGAGAACUGUCGGUGAAGAAUCAAACAAUAUAGAACAGACAAUCAUCAGACAUGCUCAGAAAGUACGUGCCAAAAGAAACAAGGAGUUAUCUAUAAAAUUGGAGAAACUUCGAGUACCAAGCCCCGACAACUCAUCAGGCGUCCUUGUUCACAAUCUUUCAUCCAAAACCCUUACAAACACACAACUCGCAAUCCUGGAACGUGGAGCAACUUUUAACACAGCAGAUGCCACACCAACAGAGUUUGUUGCCGCCUUCGAAUCUGCUCUUCAACUAACAAAGGCGUCAGAAGAGACGAAAGAUUUGAUACGUCACCAAACCUCCUCGUUGCUCAUGCGACACAGAAGGUGCGAAACUCUUAGCAAUAUGGAACUGCGGGCACUGAAAAGCCUAAAAGCAAACAAGGACAUAAUUAUUCUACCAGCUGACAAAGGACGUUCAACAGUUGUGCUAGACAAAUCGGAUUACCAGAACAAGGUACAGAACUUACUCGAAGACCAGCAUUCAUACAAACAAUGCCAUGCCAGCGAAAUGAAAAAUCUAAUCACCCGGAUAAACAAAAGCCUAAGGAAUCUCAAAGCCAAGGGGGCGAUUACACCCAACGACUGGUUCUCCAUGAAACCCACGGACACCGCCACGGCUCGUUUUUACGGUCUACCGAAGGUACACAAGGCAAAUGUCCCACUCAGGCCAAUCGUAUCCCUUCGUGGCACACCGACGUACGGUUUGGCAAAAUGGAUGUUCGGUCGUCUUAAGUUUUUGGCCGAAGGCUCACCAACAACAGUUGCAUCUGCGUAUCAAUUCCUCGAACGCAUAAAACAUCUGAGGUUAGAGCCAGACGAGUCCAUGGUAUCCUUUGAUGUCGUUUCGCUCUUCACCUCCAUCCCACAGCAACUAGCGAUAGAUGUUGUGGACCAACUACUGGCAGAGCGUUAUGAGGAGAGAGAUAGACCUCUGAAGUCUGAGCAUCUGCUCGAGCUUCUGCGAUAUUGUCUCAAGACCUAUUUCACUUUCGACGGACAAAUGUACGAACAAAUAAAGGGCACUCCUAUGGGCUCCCCUAUAUCAGGCCUAAUUGCUGAAGUAGUCCUUCAACGGGUAGAACACUUGGUGUUCACCAAAUAUCAACCAAAUUUCUGGGCCCGCUAUGUCGAUGACACCUUCGUCGUUGUCAAAACAACUGACAUAGAACACCUAAAGGGACUACUGAACUCGGUUGACCCGGAUAUAAAAUUUACGAUGGAAGCGGAAACAAACAACCAACUGCCCUUCCUUGACGUACUUGUGCGCCGGUGUACCACUGGACAGCUGCAAACUACAGUAUUCCGAAAAUCCACCGACACGAGACAGAUCCUACACUUCAACAGCAAUCAUCCACUGUCUCACAAACGUAGUUGUGUCCGCACUCUAUUCCAAAGAGUCGAAACACACUGCAGCACACCAGAAGAUAAAAGGGCCGAACGAUUGUACCUUGUGGACCUAUUUGCAGCCAAUGGUUAUCCCAGGCAUUUCAUCGAGAGAAGCAGGCGUUGGGCGCCCAGACAACGGCCAAAUGAGCAGCAACCCGAAGUCUGGAGGGCCAUUCCUUACGUUAAAGGGGUCUCUGAAGCGGUCUCGCGACUGUUACAACCCACCAGAGUAGGCAUAGCCCAUCGACCACAAGCAACAAUUCGACGUCGCCUAAUGCAACCUAAAGACCCAUUGCCACCCGCUGAAACCUCAGCAGUCAUCUACAAAAUAAAUUGCAAUGAGGGCGACUGCAACUAUGUGGGCGAAACUGGGCGGAAAUUGCAAACUCGCCUACAAGAACACAAAUCGGCCACUCGGAGGUUAGACCCUAACUCUCAACUAGCAACACACGUUGGGGAAACGGGGCAUACUUUUGACCUCCAGAGGGCUACCAUCUUAGGCCGAGGCAACACAAAAACAGAACGGCUAACUCUCGAGGCGUGGUUCUCCGAUGCCCACUCUAUCAACAGGCAUCUGGACCUUCCUGCAGCUUACAAAGUCCUACGUCAUCACAACCGUAGAGCUCAGGACCAAACAACCACACCGGACUUAAGAAGACAGCACGGAGAUAGCCCGACGUUGAACUUACUCGGUGAGGAAGAACAAGAACCUCCAGACCGACCGCCCGACUAA